UACUCUGGAAAUACAUCGGAUCCGGCAAACAUGAACACAAUGGUAGGAAUGCAAGCGUCUCUUCACCAAACGAUUAGUGAAGACGUCUCUAAUCGCAUGCAACAAAACGAUGACUCUUGUCACCACGUUGGCCAGAAUGAAGCAAAUAAUAUGCUUGAUGAUGACUUUGACCCUGACGAGCUGCUAAAGUCUCCUCUUUUUAAUGAUUCGGGAAAAGAUUUUGCGAAAAUCCUGAUGGAUGAUGAUGAAUUUGCCAUCAAUAGCGAUGAUGGCGCCGCAGUAGACCACUACGACCAGAUCGACCCAAAGGACUUCGGAGGACUCUAUUUCAGCACACCGGCAGAGGUUUCUGUGCAAAUCUCAAGCACUUCUGAAUCUUCCUACCUGUACCCAAAGUCAAUGAAAUUUGUCAAUACAUAUUCAGACAAUUCCUUCUCGCAACAGGUUCUAGAACCGAAUUUGGUUGACUUGUCUUUGGAUCAUCAUUCUGAGCAAGGGAUGUACAGCCUAGACGAGUCGAGCUUUAGCGACGACAGUAUAGGACGAACGUCAUCAGGACAAAGCUUACCUCAAGCGUGUAUCAAGGGUCAACCUAACCACCUCCAAACCCUUCCCGAGAGAUGUUUGAGUAUGGAGCCUCCGUCAAAAACUGAAAACAUGAAUCCAAUGCAGCACUUGCUUCCACAGGACAUCCAAUGUCCAAGAACUGCCAGCUUUUCAACAAGUGCUGCAACACACCACAUUCAUCAAAAGCAGCAACAAGUAUGUAAUACUGGAAUGCCAAUGGGAUCAAUUGUUCCCUUGAAUCACCUACAGCAAAUGCGGCAAACGCAGGGUACGCACUUCGGGCUCAGUCAGUCAAUGCAUGGAGCAUCACAAUCCCACAUGAUAAAUAUGUCUGGUCAAAGAACAAAAGCACAUAGGGAAUCUUUGUCCGGAGGUUCCUUUCAUGGUGUUUCGCUCCAUGGGGGCUCAUUGCACGGCACGGCUGGAAAUCCAUCCUAUUUUCACGGAAAUAUAUCCAUUGCUUCAAACAUACAGGGGAUAAAGUCACCCUCGCAAAUGUAUGGCUCGAGCAGCAAGAACCCAGCGACUCUCAAUGAAGCAAUGGAGAAGCUUUGCGACAGCAUGAAGCGAUCUGCAAUGAGUCGGAGUAUGGUGAAGCAGUAUUCAGGACGAAAUAUUGGAAGGCAAAAUUCCUCGAGACAGCUUAUGCAGCGACAAGGUUCAAAUCGUUCCCUUUUAGAUGAUGGAAGUGGACGAGGAGUUAACGGGCCGGCGGUUCCGCUUCGACGGAUGUCCAAUACGAAACAUCAAGUUCAUCAUCCAGGAAGAGGGGUGCACCGGCACGACUCCCAACAAAGUUUGAAUGGGCAUAGCAAUCAUAGCAUCAGCGUUCAAUUUGAUGGGCGGAAUACAGGAGGGUUCUAA